AUGAUACUUAUAUUAGAUACAUCUAUACAAAACGAUAUGAAUGAUAAAAUGUACAUUAAUAAUAAAGAUACUUUCAAUGUAGACAGAAUUUACCCUAUGAAAUCGGAACAUCAAGAAAUAACGACGCAAAAUGAAUUAGUCCCUGGGUUCGGAUCAAAUAUUAACUCAGAUUCGGAUACCAUAAGUUUAGCAUUUUUAAUAAGCCUUUCCGUAACAUUUGCCAUUAUAAUGAUUAUAUUGGUUGUUUUGGCAACAUUUAUAACAUUCUGUAGUGGGGAUGAAGAGUCGCAUUACGAUGAAGAAUCUAGGUUACGCCAACGUUCUGGUGGUAUUGAAAGCCGAAGAUUACCCUUAAGUGGAAUUUUUAGGAGGAAGAACAAUGAUGUAUUGUUAAAUUCAUUGUUUAUACGAUCGCCAUAUAGUGUGAGGCUUGAUACAAAUGGUAACAUAGAUAAUGUUGAGACUUUAAAAAAUUUGGAAAAUCAAGAACUUCAAAAGCUAUCCAAUUUCGAGAUUUCUUUAUAUGAAAGGACUAAAGAGUUCCAAAGGUUGAACCCACCUAUAAUAACAAAAUUUGGUUCGUAUACCAGUGAUAAUGAUUUGAAAUUUUUAAAGGAUCGUGGAAUACAAAGUUAUUUUUUGUUACCUUCCAUCAAUGAUAAUGUGGACAAGGAUGGCAAUUUUUUACCAAGUUUUUUCAUUCAAGAUAAAUUGGAUAUAACAUUUACAAAAUAUAAUAAAAGUUCGUCUACUAUAUUAAAUUUUCCGCUACCUUAUAAUAAAAGAGACGCUGUUUACUUUGAAGUUAAAAUAUUUAAAUAUAAUAAAAAAUCGAACAGUAUAUUCAGUAUUGGUUUGACAACGGUGCCAUACCCAUAUUUUAGACCACCGGGGAUGGCAGAUUUUUCUAUAGCAUAUGAGUCCACCGGGAAACUGAGAGUAAAUAAUCCAUUUAGUGCGACAACUUUAUUGCCUGUAUUGGAAGAAGGUGAUGUAGUUGGAUUUGGUUAUAAAUAUAGGAGCGGUGCAAUAUUUAUUACACAUAAUGGUAAAAAAGUGAUUGAUGUGACACAGGAUGUUCAUAUUGAUUUGUUUUUGAGUAUCGGGGCAUUUAAUGCCUCAUAUACAAGGACUUAUACAUUAGAUGGAUUGCUAGAAGAUCCUGAUAAUAUUGCUUUAAGACGAAAGUUGUCUGAGGGCGAAUCCAUAGACAUUGGGGAUAAAUUAAAUCGUGUAUAUGAUAUAAAUAAAGAAGAGAUUGAGAGUGAUCCAAUUGAAUUGAAUGUUAAUUUAGGACAGCUUGGAUACGUGUUCAUUGAAGCCAAUGUUAAGAAAUAUUCAUUUGGUAGUAUUUAUGGAGAAAUUGGCAUCCCACCUUCAUAUAAUGGUAUUGAGAUAAACAAAGAUAUAAUCUUACAGAAGGGAGAUGAUCUGCCACCUAAGUAUAUUAGUGAGAAUGAGGAUAGUUUGAACGAUCAUGAAGAUGUUAUCGAGGGUAAUAGUAAUAUGUUAUUACAAGGUGAUCAUGAUAAUAAUAAUAAUAAUAAUAAUAAUGGGGUACUCUCAUUUAUACCAAUGAUAAUAAAGAAGGAUGAAGAGAUGAGAAAUAAGAAAUUACAUAAAAAGAAGAGAACGAAAAGAAAAAGAAAUAAAAAGAAGAAGAAAUGA